AUGGCAGAAGAAAGCCACCCCGACUGGUCCGACGUGUUCGACUUCAAACAAUUCGUCGACACCAAUCUGCCACAAGAUUUCAGUCUACCACAGGAUUUCACUCUGUCACAAGACUUCAGCCAAGAACAAGACUUCACUCUUCUGGGCUCGCCCAACGAUUUCCUCGCUCAAUCGUACGCGACCGAAACGGCCACAGCCAAAUACAAUGCCACGUGGGCAGACGCAGACUUCGAAGAUACGCCUCGAGACUUCAGAGGACUCCGUGGCAACAACCACCAAAAGACUAGGCUUGACGCUUUUAUCAUGCCCGGAAUCUCUGCCACGACGACCGACUGCAACGCUCCAGCAGGAAACGCUCUGCUGAGCUCGACGUAUCAACCACCAGGUGACGGGUUCUUCCCAUUUCGGUCUGAUUAUCACCGCCUAUCCGCAAGGAUAUGGAGGAAGGAGACGUUGCAAGACAGCGACUCCUCAUGGAAUGAGAAAGAUGAGGGAGACGAAUGGUCCCUCCACAUACAGAAGCUCCUGAUGCAAUUCCGUCUACAGACGAAACCUCUGACCACACUGACGCACGCCCUCUCCUCGCACGAGAGGAAAAAAGUCCAUUCCAUGUGCUACCUGAUGAACCUCAGCCACGUCAGCAUUCCCGACAGCAACAGCCUCAAGCACAAAGGGCCCAAGCGAAUGCUGAUUGCGAAAUGUGACCUCCGCACGACCGUGAAUACAGACGUCAAACUCUGGAACCCUCGCAGAUCGGGCUGGACGACGGGGUUCGUGGAUCCGUUUUUCGUCGUUGUGGAGAACAGUAGCAGUUCGAGGACGAGGCUGUCGAGCAGUAGCGGUCGGGAUGUCACGGAGGCUUUGCAGCAAGCUGGUCUGCCGCUUCCGAUCUUCACAGAGUUCAAAUGGGAGCAUACCAUGUUCUUGCUGUUCGAUACGCUGUCGAAAGCAAUGGUGGUGUUGGACGCAAUCCAACAAGGUCGCUUUACGUAUCAUGGAGAAGCGCUCACUUGCAGAUACUGGGAGUCGCAGUCGACGAUAAGCGAACCGAUCGGGACCGUUUCCUCAUCAAGGGAUGGUGAUGUUGGUGUCAACGAGGCUGUGAUGAGGUCAAGACCCAGCUUCGAUACCAGCGACCACCACGACUCAGAAACCAGCGCGAGUGCGAGCGAGUCGUCCGCUGACAGUGCCUUCUCCUGGGUAGAUGAAGACUACGGGACGGCAGCCAGCAGCAUGAAGAAACGGAAACGCCAGGGCAAAACCAUCGGAGGCUAUCCGUGUCUGGCGGACGGCUGCUUCAUGAUGUUCGAUCGGGAGUGCGAUCGCAAGAAGCACGCCAAGAUCCACACCGACGAGAGGCCGCACGCCUGUUUAGCAUGUGGGAAAGGGUUCUUGUGGCCAAAGGAUCUGAAGCGGCAUGAAAGGAGGCAUCAUCAAGGCCAUCAAGAGGAUCAGGUAACAGCGACCUCUGUGGCAUGA